CCCGCGGCGGCCGGCCGGGGAGGUGUCCGCGCCCCGCGUUCCGGACUCCUGCUCCUCCUCUGCACAUGGCCUCAGUUCCCCUCCGCGAAGUGGGCGCGGGCGGCGCGAGGGAGAGCGGUGUGAGCGGGCGUGGACCAGAGGGGCGUGUGCGCCAGAGCGUGUGGGUGCCGGUGGGAGGCCCAGAGAGUGAGACCUUGGACGAGCGUGAGGGACCACGAACCUGAGUGGGGACAGCACACGACAGGUGGUAGGGCCCAGAGAGCGGUGGCCAACCUGUCCCAGGGGCCGAGAGGCCAGGCCGGAGUGCGGGGCAAGUGACCCCAUGCUUGUUGGGGUGCACUGGGCUGGACCCCACCUCGCUCAGCCCCCAGGCUUGAAAGCGUAGAUUUUCCACACAGAACAGUGAUUCAACCGCUCCUCGCUUCCCAGGUCCCUAGAACUGAACUCAGAGAGGUCAGGGGACAGCAGUUGGUGGCACAACUGGAGCUCCAGCGGUCUGUGGCUUUCCUGUUUCCAUCGCCCCGUCUUAGCGUAGGGGCCACACACCCCUCUGUCCCGCUUUGUCUUCCACGAGGGGGAUGACGACAGGACUGGCCCAGGUCGUGGAGAACUCCGCCUGACGUGGUCGAUAAAGGUCACCCAGGGCUGCGGCCCUGCCCCGAGGCCACCUUCGUCUCCACGGGCCAUGCAGGAAUUCAGUUGGUGAGAACUCGGAUAGGUGACCGGUACACUCGCCAUUCUGUUGAGGACCAAGUCGGCUCGGGGGCCAGACUGGUGUCAGAGACGGACACUCGGGGCACGUCAGUCGGCAUUUCUCAAAUUGCACGUCACUGAGUAGCGAGACCGAUUUGACUGGUAGAAACCAGUGUCUUGAAAAUGAAGGAGAAAUGAUCAACAUGUGUCACAUCAGGAGAGACCUGGUCAACUGCUGUCACUGCACACAUGGCACGUGUGCACACACGAAGCGCACACGUGUACUGGGCUGUGGUACACUUCCUUACUGUGGAUCUUGAUGGAAAACACUGGAAAGUCACCGCUGUUCACUGCACUUUGGUCACACCACUGAAACGAUCCUCCCCAGAGCUGGGACCCUCGAAUGGUGCAAGCAGCAGGGUGCAAGCAGCAGGGUGCAAGCUCUGGGUGCAAGCAGCAGGUCCAGAGCCCUCUGGGCAACCAAAGGGUGAGCUGGUCACUACACUCCGCGCCCCCUCCGCCCAAAAUAGGCCCUUGACGUGAGGGGACAGAGCUCGCUCUGACACAGGACCACGUAUGUGUGAGCUAAGCAGUCGGCUCUAGGCACAGCGGCCUGGCGGACACCUGCCCAGAUGCACAGUGGGGGCCAUGGGAGGUGCCCAGACGAAGGCCUUGCCACAGCACGGGUACCCCGAACAUUACGCAGCUCACACACGGGGUCCCCACCACCAAGCACCAGGCAGGCAGGCAGUCUGGAAAGUUCCGUGGCCAGUCAGGGAGCAGCCCAGCUCCAAAUGCUUCUCUCUGGGUGCUGUAGCCCGUCACCCUAGAGCUGGCCCCCUGGGCACAGGCGGCUGUGACAGUGCCAGCCCAGGCCUCAUGCCGUUUUGCCCUCCCGCUGCCCCUCGUCUGGGCACAGAGGCCAGCAAGGCCUGUCUCCCUCCAGUCUGGCCCAUGUCCACCCUCUCUUCUUUCUUCUCUGCGGUGUGAAAUCCCAGGUCAGGGCUCAGGCAGAGGAGUCUCGGUUCACCCGCAUGGUGGUGGGGUGGCAGGCAGUGGCCGGAAGCCCCCACUUUCAGCUUGGGAAGCAUCCUCCUGCUUCGUCUCAUUCCUUUCAGUGCUCAGUGACUGAAACCUCCACCCUGGAGCCGAGGAGAAGCCCACAGUCGUGCAGGGGCCGGAGGGGGCUGGGGCCAAAGGCAGAGUGCCCCCCCACCAUGUGGCACCUGCUAGCCCAUCCCUCCCAUGUGCACACUCCUCAUCCAGCACAUUUGUUCAGGUGUCUUUCUGGCCUCAUGGUGGCUGAACUGCUCAGAGCAGCCCCCUCAUAGGUUGGCAGCUGCAAUCUCAGCCUGGUCAGGGGAGUGACAGGUGAUUCUGGGGUCCCUCUCCCCCAGGCUGCAGUCUUUGGUGAUUCUGUCAGGAGCGGGGCUGGUGGGGAGGGGCGAGGUCAGAGGGCAUGAUCUGGGUGUGGGUCUGCAUAUCCUUCCUUCACACCCCCUCGCAGCUGCCCUGUCUGUCAGGGCGAGUGCUGCCUUUCACGGGAGCUCCUUGUCCCUUCUGUCCUCAGAAGCCUUUGAGCCAGGCCAUUCGUGCCUCCCAGGGAAGGGACCCCUGGGCUCUUGGCUCCAGGGCCCUGCUCUGCAGCCCAUGCAGGUAUGCUGUGGGUGUAUAAGGUGCCACAGCACGGAUGCCCACUGCCCAGGUCUCCCAUCUCUCCUAGGGAAGUGACAGCCCGGAGCGGGGCGGCCUGUGCCACUCUUCAAAGGGAAGCAGGUUGAGAGGAGAGUUCAGAAGGGGCGAAGGGCCUGGCUACCAGCUCCUGACAGGCACACCCUGCCUGGUCCAGGCCCUGGUGUCACCAGGGAUGUAGGGGACUGUGCGUGCCCACCUGCUGGGCAGGGGCCUAGGCCCCUCCGCUGGUCUGGAGGAAGCACAUGUCAGGGCUCUGAGACUUCGCCGACGUGCUCUUCACACCUGCACGUCUUAAAGCCCUGUCAAGGAUGACAGCCAGGCUGGGCCUGCUUAUCGCCCAGCUGCCCUAAGAGAAAGCCCCCUGAAUCCCAAGGUUGGACCCUGCUGUGACAUGCCCGCCAUGAAGGCGCUCCUCAGCACACUCUGGCUUGCUCUGGCCUGUGGCUCUGUGCACACCACCCUGUCAAAGUCAGAUGCCAAAAAGGCCGCCUCCAAGACACUGCUGGAGAAGACUCAGCCUUCAGAGAAGCCUGUCCAAGAUCGGGGUCUGGUGGUGACGGACCCCAGACCCGAGGAUGUGGUUCUCGAGCAUCGUAGCUACUGCUCCGCAAAGGCACGGGAAAGGCACUUUGCUGGGGACGUCCUGGGCUACGUCACUCCAUGGAACAGCCACGGCUACGACGUCGCCAAGGUGUUCGGAGGCAAGUUCACACAGAUCUCGCCCGUGUGGCUGCAGCUGAAGCGGCGCGGCCGUGAGAUGUUCGAGGUCACAGGCCUCCACGACGUGGACCAAGGGUGGAUGCGGGCGGUCAGGAAGCAGGGCAGGGGCCUGCGCAUAGUGCCUCGGCUCCUGUUUGAGGACUGGACCCGCGAGGAUUUCCGGCGUGUGUGGGACAGUGAGGACGAGAUAGAAGAGCUCAGCAAGGCCGUGGUCCAGGUUGCCAGGGACCAGCACUUUGAUGGCUUCGUGGUGGAGGUCUGGAGCCAGCUGCUCAGCCAGAAGCACAUGGGCCUCAUCCACAUGCUCACUCACAUGGCCGAGGCGCUGCACCAGGCCCGGCUGCUGGCCAUCCUCGUCAUCCCACCGGCUGUCACCCCCGGGACUGAGCAGCUCGGCGUGUUCACGCACAAGGAGUUUGAGCAGCUGGCCCCCGUGCUGGACGGCUUCAGCCUCAUGACUUACGACUACCCCGCAGUGCAGCAGCCUGGCCCCAAUGCACCGCUGUCCUGGGUGCGAGCCUGUGUCCAGGUCCUGGACCCCAAGGCCAAGUGGCGGAGCAAGAUCCUGCUGGGGCUCAACUUCUACGGCACAGACUACUCGACCUCCAGGGAUGCCCGCGAGUCCGUCGUUGGGGCCAGGUACAUUCAGACGCUGAAGGAGCACAGGCCCCGGAUGGUGUGGGACAGCCAGGCAGCAGAGCACUUCUUCGAAUAUAAGAAAAGCCGCCGGGGAAGACAUGUCAUGUUCUACCCGACUCUGAAGUCCCUGCAGGUGCGGCUGGAGCUGGCCCGGGAGCUGGGCGUCGGGCUGUCCAUCUGGGAGCUGGGCCAGGGCCUGGACUACUUCUACGACCUGCUGUAG